GGGCAUGGAUGAACCAAAAUUCCAGGACGUGGAUGAAUCAAAUUUCCAGGGCAUGGAUGUCCCAAAAUUCCAGAGCAUGGAUGAACCAAAAUUCCAGGACAUGGAUGGAAUGAGAUUCCAGGACAUGGAUGUCCCAAAAUUCCAGGACAUGGAUGAAAUGAGAUUCCAGGACAUGGAUGAACCAAAAUUCCAGGACAUGGAUGUCCCAAAAUUCCAGGACAUGGAUGUCCCAGGAUUCCAGGACAUGGAUGUCCCAGGAUUCCAGGACAUGGAUGGAAUGAGAUUCCAGGACAUGGAUGAACCAAAAUUCCAGAACGUGGAUGAACCAAAAUUCCAGGCCAUGGAUGUCCCAAAAUUCCAGGACAUGGAUGUCCCAAAAUUCCAGGCCAUGGAUGUCCCAAAAUUCCAGGACAUGGAUGAACCAAAAUUCCUGAGCAUGGAUGUCCCAAAAUUCCAGGACAUGGAUGAACCAAAAUUCCAGGACAUGGAUGGAAUGAGAUUCCCAGGAUUCCAGGCCCUGACAAAGGUUCCAGGCCCCGUCAGGACAUGGAUGUCCCAAAAUUCCAGGACAAGGAUGAACCAAGAUUCCAGGACAUGGAUGUCCCAAAAUUCCAGGACAAGGAUGUCCCAGGAUUCCAGGACAUGGAUGAAAUGA